CCACCUGCGCGCGUCGCGUUCGGAAGCGCAGUUGUAGGGAGCCGAGCUUGAGCUGGGCAUGCGCAGUGCGGGGAGCGGGCUUGUCAGGGUGAGACUCCCGGCAGGACAGCCAGCAACUCUUCAUCUGUUGCCAUGGGGUGUCUGUUCUCUCUCGGUGGUAAUGUGUCUUCCAGGCAGAGAAGAGAGAAUGAUGAGGACUUGCUAGAUAGCAGAGAUCGUGAGGAAGACAUUGCCAAGUUUCCAUAUGUUGAGUUCACAGGUCGGGACAGCAUCACCUGCCCAACUUGCCAAGGCACUGGCUGUAUUCCCACAGAGCAGGUAAAUGAGUUGGUGGCGCUAAUACCAUACAGUGACCAGAGGCUCCGUCCCCAGAGAACGAAGCUCUAUGUGCUGCUGUCUGUGCUGCUCUGCCUUCUGAUAUCAGGGCUGGUGAUUUUCUUCCUGUUUCCACACUCGGUCCUUGUGGAUGAUGAGGGCAUCAAAGGGGUUCAAGUUUGGUUCGACCAGAAAAACUCCAUUGUCAUUCUUGCAAUCACGACCACUCUGAGGAUCAGAAACUCCAAUUUCUAUUCAGUUGCAGUAACCAGCCUAGCCAGCCAGGUGCAGUACAUGAACACUGUGGUUGGAACCCAACAGAUUACCAAUGUGUCCCGCAUCCAGCCGCUGAGCGACAAACUGGUGAAUUUCACUGUGAAAUCAGAGAUGGGUGGACCUUUCUCCUAUGUGUAUUUCUUUUGCACAUUACCCAAGGUCACGGUGCAUAACAUAGUGAUCUUCAUGAGAACAUCAGUGAAAAUCUCAUACAUCGGCCAUGUGACUCAGAGCUCCUUGGAAACAUAUCACUAUGUAGAUUGUGGUGCUAAUUCCACAGCUGUCCAGGACCCUCGGCCUGUGUCCACCCCACCUACUCUAGAUAGUGUAACCAAAGAGAGGAGGAUACUCUGAAGACAACUGAGUCAACUAAUACUUCUCUUUGGGAAGUGAUCAUGCAGACUGACUUUUAUUAUGAAUUAUGUACCUGUAAGCAGGAUCAUAAGGUAACUUUUAAAUGGAAUUAGAGGGAUCGUUGAUGUCUUUGGAGAAACUUGGGGUGAACAGGAGGUGUCUGAAAUCAUGUGGCACUUCAUGUUAAUGCAUAUGCAUCUUGGCUGCACAGCUUACCUUUUGGGCAGUGAUUUGAGAGCGUGUCCACUUGUGAUCCAAUCUGAUCCUUCCCAAAACAUGCUGAGUUCCCACCCACUUAUAACUUUGACAUCAAUCUGGUAUUUAGCUGUUGCAAUGAAUUUCUUAGAAUUGAACCCAGAAGAAUUCAAGGAACUGUUUUAAAUAUAUCUUUCAAUGGAAAGACUUAAUGAAAUUCAAAGAAGGCUUCAGACUCUCAUUGCCUUGGGAUAAAUGCUGGGGAUUGAAUUUUGCUGCUGUUUGGUGGGCUCUGCUCUAUUUUUUUUGUCCUUUCUGGACAAACAUGGUAUUUCAGUGAAACUUUUUGCCCCUCAUUCUGCUUAGUGACAGCAUACCAUUAAAAUGUUAUGGCAUUUUGUUA